AUGUCUCUGGUAAGCCAGAAUGCGUGCCACCGCAACGCAGAGACCACUGUAGAUUACAGCGACUUCCAUGGUGAGAUGCAGGCUACUAAUGCCUCCGGGUCCCCCACCUCCAUGCUAAUUCCUGAUGCUCCCCAGGGCCUUCAGGCGCCAAUCGAUUCUCAGGGCGCUAGCGCUUCCCAGGCUGCGCAGGACCCGAACGACUUCGAGGUGCUGAUAGAUGAGCAGUCCCGACGUUUGGGGGCGCUCAGGGUCCACGACCCUCUAGAGGACAGGUCGAUUGCUUUGGUGAAUUUCAUGCGAAUGAAAAGCCAAAUCGAGGGGUCUAUUCAGCAGACAGAGAUGCUAGAGUUCCUCAGAGAAUACUCAGAUCAGUUUCCUGAGAUCCUCAGACGAGCCUCAGCCCAUCUGGACCAGGUCUUUGGGUUGAACCUGAGGGUUCUUGAUCCCCAGGCUGACACCUACAAACUAAUCAGCAAACGGGGUCUCCAGACCACUGAUCGGAUAGCAGAAUCCCUGGACAUGCCAAAGGCAGGUCUCCUGGCCUUGGUCCUAGGCCACAUUCUCCUGAGUGGUAACCGAGCAAGAGAGGCCUCCAUUUGGGAUCUGUUGCUAAAGGUUGAUGUGUUAGAUGAGCCCCAGAGGAUCAACAUCCCCUUUGGCAGCACAAGGAACCUCCUAACUACUGACUUUUUGCAUAUGCGGUUCUUGGAGUACUGGCCAGUGUAUGGCACUAAUCCCCUCGAAUUUGAGUUCUUGUGGGGCUCUAGAGCCCACAAGGAAAUCACAAAGAUGGAAGCCCUGAAGUCUGUGGCAGAGGCCCAUGAUGAAGAACCCUGGAGCUGGCCAGAAGAAUAUAAUAAAGCCCUGGAAGCUGACAAGGCCAAAGAAAGAAGCCAGGCUGCUGGCUUGGAGUUCUGGUCAGAGGACACUAUGAAUGAUAAGGCAAAUGAUUUGGUCCAGUUGGCCAUUAAUGUCACAGAGGAGUUGCUGCCUAUACAUCAGGAUGAGCUGUUGGCUCACACUGGCAAAGAAUUUGAGGACGUGUUCCCAAAUAUCCUCAGUCGAGCUACUCUAAUCCUCGAUCUGUUCUAUGGGUUCUCUCUGAUUGAGGUUGAUACCAGUGAGCACAUUUACCUCCUUGUCCAGCAACCAGAAUCAGAAGAAGAGCAAAUGAUGCUAGAGAGCCUGGGGAGACCCACUCAAGAAUAUUUGAUGCCAAUCCUGGGUUUGAUCUUCCUGAUGGGCAACCAUGUCAAAGAGGCCAGUGUCUGGAAUUUGCUUCGGAGAUUUGGUGUGGAUGUAGGGAGAAAGCAUGCCAUCACCUGCAAACUUAUGAGACAGCGCUACUUGGAAUGCAGGCCACUGUCCUAUUCUAAUCCAGUUGAAUAUGAGCUUCUGUGGGGUCCUCGAGCUCACCUUGAAACCACCAAAAUGAAAGCCUUGGAGUACAUGGCCAGGCUCUACAGAAAGCAACCACAGGACUGGCCAGAGCAAUAUAGGGAGGCUGUUGAAGAUGAGGAGGCCAGAGCCAGGUCUGAGGCAACUGCUAUGUUCUUCUUUGGCCCCAUGUGAAGUCUGGGGGAAGUAUGUCACUUCAGUUGGGUGGCAUCAAUUAAAGGGGCCCUGGGGAAAUGGGCACUGGGGCCCCAAAUCAGAAGCUGGGCAGGGUUGGGGUGAAAAGUACACAUUGUGCUUGCUAUUUGUGUUCUAUUUCUAAUAGUAUUUCCUUCCUUUUA